AGCCCUCACCUGCUUCCUGGCACAGGAGACAGAAAGAGAAGAAGAGUUGAGAGAAAGGCUCACGGAGAGGGACAAUCGCAGCCCUAAUCCCUAAGCUAAGCCCUAUUCGUUUAGCUUUCCUGCCAUUGUUUCUCUCCUAGUCUCCUGUGCUAUUCUCGCCCAAAUUAUUCGAAGCAUCUCCAUUUGCCCUCGAGUGUUAGAGGAUAUUGUUUUCGAACUCUCCUUCUCGUUUUCUCGGGAAUAUUUUUGAUUAAUUAAAUCAAUCGACCAUGGUCUUUUGGGUUUUUGGCUAUGGUUCACUGGUGUGGAACCCAGGAUUCGAUUACGAUGAGAAAAUGGUUGGAUUCAUAAAGGACUAUAGACGCGUCUUUGAUUUAGCAUGUAUUGAUCACAGGGGUACACCUGAAAACCCUGCAAGAACUUGCACGUUGGAGCCAAAAGAAGGGGCAGUUUGCUGGGGCACUGCUUAUUGUGUUCGUGGAGGGCCGGAAAAGGAGAGACUGGCUAUGCAGUAUUUGGAGCGGAGGGAAUGUGAAUAUGAUCAAAAGACCCUUGUAGACUUUUACAAGGAAGGAGAUUCAGUGAACCCUGCUUUAACUGGAGUUAUAGUAUUCACAUCUACCGCAGACAAAGCAAACAAAUAUUACCUGGGACCUGCUCCUUUGGAAGACAUGGCUAGGCAAAUAGCCACAGCCUUUGGCCCUUGUGGUAACAAUAGAGAUUAUCUCUUCCGUUUAGAAAAGGCCAUGCACGAUAUGGGACAUGAGGAUGACUUGGUGAUAGAGCUUGCUAAUGAAGUGAGGAAGGUACUUGGGGUCGUGGGGAAUGUGUCUGCAGUUGGAGCAGCUCAACUUGCACAAACUUCUCACGUCCAUCCGCCUCUCCAGCUGCACCCACUUCCAGAACCAAUUGCGUAGGGGACUAAUGCUACUUUGGCUAAUUGGCUCGACAGAGACCUGAUGAGCUGACUGAAUUUCGCCAGGAAAAGAAACUUGACACGUUGCGCAUCUUGCUAACCCAUUGCUUAGGCUAGUCUGUCUUUUGUAUUACCUCUUGGCAUAGAAAUGACGUAGAGCUUUUCCACUAUUAAUUCAUACGUUCCUUCAACAAGAAGUUGUAGCCAUUGGCUCGAGAUUUGAGUAGGUUACAAGCAAACACGCUGCUACUGGAAUCGAUUAUCGUUGGGUUCUGAUCAUAAAUUGAGAGAUGAGUCUGUACUUCAAUGCCGCUUACUGAAAAUCUUAUUUUCUACUCUUUCUUCCACACAAA